UUCAAGUUCAUUUCGUUUUUUCAUCAAGUUUUUCAGCUUUUUUGAGCCGACUAAACGUUUUUAAUAGUAUUGUUUGUUUGGACUUUCGUCUGAAUAAAUUGCCAACAACCCAUUGUCAUCAUGGAUAACGACAUAGAAAGCGAAGACGACGAUGAAACUCAACAACUGAGGGAUUUGCAGAAUUUGGAAGCAGUAUUAGAAGAUGAAAAUGCUGGCAGCUGUGCUACUUCCAGGUGUUCAGAGCCAAGUAUAAUACUUUCGGGUGGUGUGCGUAUUCCGGCGUCUUCUCUCGACUCGUUUACGAGAAUCGAAACUGCACUUGCUCUAAAUAAACUCACAGAAAUGAGGCUUCAACGACUUGAAGGUAUACUUGUAAAUCGUUUCAAACAGAGCACUGGAAAAAUAACAGAAAUUCAGUCUUCGUAUGUCAACAUCGAGAAGUAUACCAGGCCUACAAAGUUCAGCUUUAUUAGCUGUGGAAAGCCAUAUUUUAAAGAUUCUCAUAAUUUCCCUGCACCAGAUAACAGUGAUACAAUAUUGAUGAGAAAGUCGGGUAUGUACGACUUUUCUUGCGUGGCCUCCGUGCCCGGAUGGACUGUGAAAGACAAGAGUGAAUUCAUUUCAUCCAUGCUCAAAAUGUCAAAAGCUAUAAAGAUAAAAGAACUCAAUUCAAAAUUGGCUGAAUUCCGACGUGACAAUAAUAUACCUGAAGAAAGGAAAUCCAAACUAGUUAAAGCUCUUCAAUCAGAAAUUAAGUCGGUGGGUAAAAAGUCACUUGAUCAAUUAGCUUUGCCGUUAAGUUCAGACUUUGACUAUGAUUGGGAAACUAUUGCCAACAAGUUGAACCAUAGACACAGUCCGCAAGAAUACGCCUCAUUAUGGAAGUUGUACAUGCAUCCAUCCAUUAAUAAAGAAUGUUGGACUGUAACUGAACAUGUAGCGUUGCAACGUCUCGCUCAUGUCCAUCGAUUACAAGACUGGGAAUCCGUAGCAGCACAACUGAACACUGACCGUACUGGCUAUCAGGUUUUUGUUUAUUUUCGCACUAACAUGACUAACACUUUAUCGGGAAAUAAAUGGACAAAAGAAGAAGAAGCAUAUCUCAAAAGGCUCAUAGAAUUUUAUCGUGAAGACAACUACAUUCCGUGGUCGAGAAUUGCCGCAUGUAUGGAGAAUAGAACGAAAAUUCAGAUUUAUAAUAAGUAUCUCAGACUGUUGGAAUUAAGGAAAGGUCGGUUCCUGACCGAAGAAGAUGCAGUCAUUCUAACUGGCAUUGAAAAGUAUGGGACAAAUUUUAAGAAAAUUGCUGAAUUUCUACCUGGCAGGUCUCAGUCUCAAUUAAGGUAUCGGUACAAAGUAAUAGCAAAACAGCAAAUGUCUACUGUGUGGACAAUAUCGGAAGACAAAAAAUUAAUGCAUUUGAUAAAUAAAGAUGGUAAUUCAAAUUUUGCUAGCAUUGCCAAAGAUUUUGUUGGUAAAGACCGUGUUAGCAUUCGAGCGAGAUAUAUUACAUUGAUGAAAUGGAUGAAACGAAACCCUAAUGUAGACAUUAUUUACGCGCCACGCCGCGGUGCGCGGCGCUUGUUCCAUGGCCAAGCUACGGCUAAUUUGAAUACCGCGAUUGAUGAUCUGAAAAGGAGAAUGGAAUCUGAACUGGAGACAAAAAAAGCAACAAGAAUCACAAAGGAAUCGACAGAGGAAGAAAUAGAUGAUGCUAUCGUAGCUACUCUUACCACAAUAAUGGUUAAAGAAGAAGAAGCUCAUAGAGAGAAGAUGGCUGAUAAGCUGAUUUUGGAAGAUGAUGUAGUAAUCUCACAUAAUCAACUUAAUGCGACAAAUUUACAAAAAUGCCUUAUUUUGUUAAAAUCAGGCAUAAGCAAACAACAAUUUACAUCAAGUAAAUAUGCCAAAAGAUAUCCUGAACUGUUAAUCCCUGAGAAACAAGUGUCUUUAGUCAAAGUGAAGUCAUAUUCAAGAAAAGAUGCGAGCAACACUAUAAACAUUAAAUCUCCACCCAAUAUAUGGGGUGAAAAUGUAUUGACAAACACAGAGUAUGUAUUUCCUCCUCACUACACUACGAUAACUGGAUGCAGGGCAUUGUUAGCCCAUACUUCGGUGGGAGAUUCAUUACCAAAGGUUGAUUUGAACUUAUUGAAAGCAAGAAAUGUUUUGUUUAAAGAGAACAUGACUCUUUUGAUGGAACGUUUUAACAGUUUGUUCUUGUGGCCUAUGUUGCUAUCAAAUGAACAUCCGAAUAGCGAUCAGAUGACUGAGUUUUAUAACCCGGCUGCCAGAAGAAUUCAGCCAUUGCUUGCAUUGCCUUCCACGUCAGGAAUGGAGCAAAAAACGUUACCUACAGUUAAAGAACAAAGUUCUUCUUGCAGUAAAAAUAAACAACCACAAAUUAAAAAGAAGAAAAGAAAGUAGUAUGAUAAUAAAUUAUUUUAUCCAUUAUAAUAUUAAGACUGUGUACCUAUUGAUAAGAGUAAUGUUUUAAGCUUAUCAAUUUUGUUAAUCACUGUGCUCACGUACCUAUGUAUCAGUUUUAUAAGAAUGCUAAACCAUUAGUUUGCAUAAUUAUAAUCUUA